UAAGAAGAACCCACCUGCUGAAGACAAAGUUGUGUUAACACACAUGAAGAUACUGAGCAAUGAAGGAAUUCAAAACCCAGGGUUAAUCCCUGAGGCUCCAUCUGACAUAGCCUGCACAGAAGAGCCCCAUCUCCCCAGUGCCAGCCUCCCACUGGACUGCCAGGGAAAUCCGAAUGCAGCAGCUGCACCAGCAGAUCCAGAAUAUGCAGAUGCCCCAGCAAGCACAGACUAUGUAGCCACAUUGCCUGACCUCAGCACCUUCGAGUCCAAGUGCCGACUUCACAGAUUCUCCAAAUUUGAAUCCGAGGACUCAGGGGUUGAAUUGCCAAGUGGAGCUAAUUCUCCAUCAACACCAACAGGUUCAGAGAAGAGCUUUGUGCUUCACAGCAGAGAUUCAUUUUGUGAUUCAGGUGUGCUUAGCACCUCUUCUUCUCCAGAAAUUGACCAUCCUAUAAUGAAAACAUGUAAAGAGCAUGACAGAAAAGUCAGCCACCAAGAUCCAGAGAGUGAAAAGCAAGCUGAGUACUAUGGACAGGAGGCAGAUGCUGUGCAGGGUCCUACAGCUUCCCUUGAAGACUUCAGCAUCCCUCAGGAAGAAAGUCCUGAUGAACAUUUUGAAGAAAGUGAAAGGCAAUCUCUGGAAAAGGAACCUACCCCAGAGAUGGAUCUUUCCAGGGAAAGCACUCUUCCCACCCCAGUUCCCAUAGAAGAGCCAAAGACAAUUGCUGAUAAUUUCCCAGAGAACUUUGGCAGCAUUCAAGACCUUCAGAUCCAUGAACAUCAGCUGAAGAAGUACCCCACAAGUGACAGUCUGGAUGAAUACAUGGAUGAAUGCUGUAGACUGAGUGAGGUGAACCAAGGUAACAGCAAAGCCCUAGGAUCUGGUCUGGGAUACCUGGAACACAUUUGCCAACUGAUUGAGAAGAUUGGGCAGCUCCAGGAGCACAACUUGCGUCUCCAAAAGCAAGUGUGCAGCUUGCAGAAAGAGCAGAAGAUGAGCCAGAUAAAAGAGGAGUAUCUUCUGCAGCACUGCUCCUGUGGAGCUGCCAGCAUCUUCCUCAACUCAUAUCAAGACUCAAAGGCAUUUUUUUCUGGGAGAAGCAGACCUCACAGCCUUAUGGUUCAGACUGGAAAUCCUUCUGAUCUUUCCAUCAUUCCAGAAAUAGGAGUGAACACUGAAAAGCUGAGCAGCUGCAACGGAAGUGAGAGAUACCUGGAAUCAGGAAACAGCCAGCUGAUGGUGGGGCUCAGGAAAUCGUCAAACAAUAGGAACAACAAGGAGAAUGAGUUCAGAGAAGCUGGUAGUAUGGCUGAAGGACAGGCUUUUCCAUCAAAGGACCCUGCAGUAAGAAAGGGUCUGGACAUCAGCAAGAACAUCUCGGGUGAGAGCCAUGCUUGGGGGAGAAUGAGAGAUCUUAUGAGGAAGACACGGCUGAGAAACCAGAACAAGCUAGGACUGUCCUCUGCUGCUCUGAAGAGGUCCUGCCCACAGCUGUACAGGCCAGAUAUUAUGUCUUCAGAGCUGAGGAAAACUGAGAGGAACUCCAUGAUCAUUCUGGGGCAAAAUACAAAGAAUGAAAACAUAUGGCCUUUCUGAUAACCUGAAUUAAAUGGAACAAGGUAAAAUAAGAACACCAGUGGACACAAACCAAGAACCCUGAGGUUACUUCCUUACUUUGUGCAACCUGCAUCCUACAGUUGUAAACAGAGAAACUCCCAUUUAAGUGUUGGAAGGGAAAGAGGGCAGGGGAAGGCUGAGAAGGGUUUGUGGACAGAAGCAUGUGCAGCUAUGUAUGGCUUUGCUCCUGAAUCUAAAGUAUACUGACAAAAGUCAAGCCACAGAUGAAAAUUGCUGUUAGCAUUUUGACAAGUCAGAUUUGGAAAUUCUUCCUCCUCUCUGGGUUAGGAACCGAAUUACCUGAAACACUGAGGUUUUUAAAUUAUUAUUGCUUUCUGGGGACCUUCUCCAGCUGAAAUAAACUUAAGCUUUAUGGGACACAGCAGCAUCUAGAAGAGUGCCAGGGACUCCUUGCCUGGUGCAGAAGCAGCUGUUGGAAGGACAGCCUCCCUCCCACUGGGUUGGUGGAGUUGCAGUUUGUCCCCAACACAGCUCCUCCCUUCAGAGCAGCAUCUGACCAGCUCUGCCAUUUUACUGGAAUCCAACAGCAAAACCAAGUCUGUAAAGCCAAGACUUCCUAUGAGGCCAUUCCCAAAUCCACCACUAGCUUCUAAUCCUGUGGACCUGCUCCUUCUGCAGAGGCACCUUGACUCCUACCCUACCCAGAAGUUGACAUCAUGCAGAGAGACUGCAGAGACCAGAGUGAGGGGCACUGUAGGAAUCAGCCUUUCAAGAGACUGGAGGGUGCAUCCAAGGCAACACCUCAUCUUUGCCAGGCAGCCCAGCUCUUGUGCUAUCAAUCUUUUGCAGGGGAAACCUGGCUUGAAUUCCUACUUAAGUUUCAGGUCAAGUCCUCUGGCUGUGCAGGUGGAUGCCUGAGGCUGCAUGGGUGGGUUAGUCAUGCUGCUGUAUGGCUCAGCCUGUGCUCUCUGCUGGGAAAAGGCAAGAGGGAGAAGAGAGCUGAAAGGAAGAGUUAUUCAAAUACAUACAUCCUUCUAAAGCUACUGCUCUUUUAGGCCAUAUUAACAACUGUGUAACACUACGGUCAUGUUUGGUGACUGCCUUGUUGUCAUCUGCCCACUGAUUCCAGACUCAGGCAGCACAUGCUUCUGAAGGUCCCAUGGUUGCAGUGGGUCUCUGCAUACCAGCUCUUACUGGUACUAGCACAACAGAUAAUGCACAUGGAGUAAAGAUUUAACCCUGCCUCUUGUUAAAAGAUUAUUCUACCCCCUAAAUUACAACAUAAUUGCAAAUGAAGCAACUGCUAUUUAAAAAUCCUUCCCCAACCCAAACUUGCCAGGGAACCAAGAUUUGAGAAGCUUGCAGAAAUAGAUCAACUUCAACAGGCUUAGCCUUUCAGUAACAGAUGUGCCUCCUUGCUCACACAGACCAGCUAGAACCCUUGGAGUCCUCAAAACCAGAGCAGGAUCUCUUCUGAGAUUCAAAGCUCCCCAGCCACUCUCUCCCAGGGCAGCUGUAGGUUGCAGGGGUGAGUGAAAACAGCAGCCCAGACCUGGUUCUCUAAGUAUUCAGAGGGGUUGUUACUGUUGUUACUUAGCAUCUCAAAAAAAACCCUAACAAUCCAAUUUAAAAAAAAAAUAAAAUCAUGCUCACUCAAUAUUAGCACCCUAAAGCAGGUGCUGUAUUUUAUGUUUCAGUUGUAGCUGCUGCUGUGGGACUUGGUUAUUCACCAUAUAUCUUGCUAGCUUCAUCCAAAGCUAGAAAGAUUUAUAACUUGAUUAUUCUGUGAAUAGUCUGUAUAUCUCCAAAAAUACAGGGGACUAAAAUCCUACAUUAACUUACACCCUCCGUUAUCCCUCCAGCUUUACAGAGACUGAAAGGAAUGUGAAUCAGUGCAAACUGAAUUUAAAGUGUUUUAAGACAUUGCAUCAUGAAGUGGUAUUCCCUACCACCACCUCCAUUCACAUUAUAGGUUUGUUGUUUUUGUUUAUUUUUUUUAACUAAAAUGAACUAGCACUCUUUUGUAUUACAGCAUUAUAUGAAAUAUAUUCAAGUAUUUUCAGAAAGAAAUAUAUUUAUAACAUGUAAUAUACUGUAUAGUUGUCCACUCCAGGAUGCAUUGUAAUACAGGCAUAAGAAAUUUAAUU